UUGCAGGAGAGGAAUGAAGAAAGUUUGAACGAGAUUCUUGCGAAAGGUGUCCCGGACACACCACUGGGGCAAGCGGUCGCAAAUCUGCAUGCAUCUUGGGCCCAGCUGAUUUGUAAUUUGUCCGCUCGAACUGGUUCUCUGCCUCCGACACUGGAGCACAUUAAGGAAGUUGCGGAGUGCGCCAUUCGCCAAUUGAAGGAUUCGAGUCACGAUUUGACAAAAGAAUUUGCUCGAGUGGGUGUCGAAUGGCGGCUUACUCAUCCGCAGGAAGCACUUGUUGAGAUGUCCGAUUCAGAGAGGCUGCUUUGUGUUCUGUUGCAGUUGAAGGAUUCGAGUCACGAUUUGACAAAAGAAUUUGCUCGAGUAGGUGUCGAAUGGCGGCUUACUCAUCCGCAGGAAGCACUUGUUGAGGACAUAGCAGAUCUUGAACAAGGCAUCACGCGACAGGAGACACUGAUAGGACGAGCAUCUGGAAUCAUACAACGUCGACUGGGUGAUCUCGCUAAUGAAACUUGUACGCAGGAAUUCGAUUGA